AUGUAUGCAAACAUCCGUGAUACAUUGAAGGAAACUGUAGGAGAUGAUAUAUCUCAAUAUGGUGGAUUCAUUGAUAAAGAAACAAGGAGAAAAAUGAAGAGUGAAUCAACAAAAUAUGGAGAAAAAGCCAGACGAGCUACUGAGAGAAACCCCGAAGCAGGAGCAUCUAUGGUACUUCAUAAAGAUUCAGCAUGGAAGGAAAGCUGGAAUAAGUUUAAAGAAAAUAAUCCAGUUAUGCGAGGCAUAUUUAACAUGAAAAGGAAUUAUGAAGACAGUGACAAUGUCAUCAUUUCAUUUACUAGAGAAUUCACAGAUCGUAUUUCAUAUACAUUAGGAUCAUUAUUUCAAGAGAAUGAAACGGCACAGGCGAUUACACAAUUAAAAAUGAUAGAUCCAGGAUUUAACAUUGAAGAGUUUAUGAAAGAAUUAAGGGAGUUUAUUAUACCAGAAAUAAUGGAGGCAUAUCUAAAAGGAGAUAUGGAAACUUUAAAAAUAUGGUGUUCAGAAGCA